AUGGCUCCUGCAAUAAAAUCUAUAGUGUGGACAUUUUUUCAAAAAACCCAAGACAAAAAGUUUGCCGUAUGCAAAUUAUGUCAACAACAAUUGAAGUACUUUGCCGGCACCAGUAAUUUGAAGCAGCACUUAAAUCGAAAACACAUUAUUCAAUAUAAUGAAGAGCUCUCGAAAGAAAAUACAAUUUCCAGAGACGUAGAUGAGAGUGGUGUUAAUUUACCAACAGGAGGUGAGUCCCCAAAUCCUAGGCAAGUUGAAACUGUUAUUGAUAAUUUGGGUAGCUCUAGUACUCAUAGCGUCAGUGCUCCUGUAUUGGAUCUGUCAAAUAUCAGGCAACCAGGUGUGGCAGAAGCAUCUGGAUCAAAAGUGACUAAUAUUCCGGAUCCAGAUCCGCCUCGAAAUGUGAAAAGAAAGCGCCAGUUGAAGCUUUAUGGUGGAACAAAUAUGAAGGAUCUACCAGAGGAACAAAAAAAAGAAAUAGAUUUAAGCUUAUUAAAAAUGAUAGUAAAAGAUUACCAGCCACUAUCUAUAGUAGAAGACAUUGUUUUUUUAGAUUAUUAA